AACAGUGAUGUCCCAACAGCGAUGUCGCCUUUGGAACAUCGCUGUUCAAGUUCAUUUUUUCAAAAAAAUAUCCGUUGGCAACUGUAUUUAUUUGGCCUCCUACUCACCUUUUUCUCACAUCUAAACACAAUUUUCCUCAUUCCCCUUGCUAAUUUCAUCUUCUCUACAACUUUUUCUUGAGAAUUCUUCAUCAUCAUGGGCAAAGAUAAGAGCAGGGUAGGAACCUCCGGGAAAUCAAAGUCCAAAUCCCGGGAGCCGGCAACAAACUCCGAGGAGCGCCUCUACUACGGCGACGGGUCGUACCUCUGGUUUGAUUCCGAGGAGGAGCGCACCCGCUUUCUCACCUUCUUCUCCAAGCAGGUUGUGGCUCCCACACAUAUUGUCAUGGAGCACUUCCCAGAGUUGCAAGGCUACGACUUCCUCGACGGGCAGCUUCACCAAACUGGCCUAUGGCCGUUCGUCUCCCGGGCUCAGAGUGAGAUCAACCUGGCGCUUAUUCGGGCCUUCUACUUGAAUCUCCGGCGUGAGGACGACGUCAUCUACAGCCUCGUCAAGUCAACGCUGAUUGAACUCACCGUGGAGCGUCUUGGGCACAUCGCCGGCCUCCCCUACCAAGGCGACGACAUCUCCACCUAUGGCGGAGAAGAUUGGGUCCUCAACAAUGAGGGCCUAGUCCUCGACAAGCUCGGCAUCACCGACCUCAUCCGCCAUCCCACAGGCCAGCCCACCAUCCACUCUGCGAAGUUUGUCAUGAUCUACAUGACGAUCGCCGCGUCUACCUCCCACGAUCACCUCCUCCCGUACCUUUUCUUGGUGAUGGACAUCCAUGAACGGUUCAAGGUCACCACACCCGUUGGCCCGCUCACCAAGGCCACGAAGCUUUGGACGAUCAACGCCCAAACCUUCACCAAGCGGUCGGACAACGCCGUGCCUGCCACUGCCGCACGCCGCCGUCCUGCCAAUGGCCCAGCCGAACCCCAGGCCCGGGCCAAUCUUGCCUCCAUCGCCAACUCCCUCAACCGGCUGCACUUCAAAGUUGACGGGAUGGACGGGUACCUUGAACGGCUCGACGAGGCUAUUCAACGCCAAGGGCAUUCCAUGAACGCGUACUUCCAACGCGUCAACUACGUCCCCCCACCGUACCAAGGCACGUUCCUUAGGCAAGUGUACGGUGAAGAGGACGAAGACGAUGGCUCCUACGCCCCGCCAAACUCCCUGGACGAGGAUGAGUUCGACGACGCCAUUGACGGUGAUGAGAUGGACGUCGACGACGACAAGGAGGAAACCGAAGACGAAGACUAGGCCGCCCCUAGAAUUUCAAUCUCCUUUCUUUCAAUCGUCAUAUUUUUUUACUUGCUUCUGUUGUACUCCACUAUUUCCCAUUUCAAUAAAUAAAAGUUAUAUUUUAUCUUUUUAUUAAUGUGAAAAGGGGGAAAACAAGGGCUAUGCAUACACUAAGGGGGAACGUCACUAAAAACGGGAUCGUUUG